AGCGAGCAACAAAUUACAUUCCUGUUGAAAUCAGUAAUUCCUCCGAGGAGGCUGCUUUUUCGUGAGUGUGUGCAUGUGCUUUCUUUUGUGUCACCUCAAGAAGGGCUCUGAUAUUGUUAUUACUUUAAAUAUAGCUUGCCCUGGGGCGGGGAAAUGCACAAGGAAAGAGCCGGCAAGCAGCCUAUCUCUCAGAAGAAAAGAGCAAGACUCACAGCACAGGAACUGGCUUCACUCAAGUAUGCAGUUUAGAAGUCAAAAAACUAUUUCAAAUUACAGCAUUGUGGAGGAGACUGAAGAAAAAGGGCACAAAACUGGCUAAAUAUAGUGAAGAAUAUGGUAAACCAGGGUACAAAGUGCAUCCAACUGCAGUUUGAAAGUGAGCUCUGAAGUGCAAUGUAAGUCUUCCUUAAAUUGUAUUCUUUUGUAAUAGUAUCUAGUUGUUUAAUUUCCAUUCCGGAACCAUGCUGGGCCAAAAGGUACAAUUAGCCACAAAAAUCAGCAUGGAGCAGAAUGUGUAAUCUCUGAUAUGAGGCUGAAAAUGAUACUGAAAUAUAACAGAAGACAGAGACUAUCAGCCAUAUUAUGAAAGAUGCACUAUAAAUAAGGACAUAUUGAAUUAUUUCAAGAGAAAGAUGCUGGAUGGAAUCUUUAAUCAACUUUCUUAAUAGGGAAGCAAGAGCUCUGCUGUUUAAUACGGCAAGCUAUUUUAAUACUGCUGUGUUUAAAAUUGUGUGAUUACAGUUACCAAUAGCAAUAAGAUGUAGAUCCAGAGGGGAGUCCUAGUGGUUGCAAAAGUUUUUUCUCUUUUAUUUCUCCAACAUCUUUGCUCUCUGAAGCCUCAAAUCCACGUUUUCUAUCCUACAGCCUGGUUUUGCUUUUCAGCUGGAUUUUCAAUGUAUGCCAACACUGGACUUCCUAUGGAACUGAAAACAAAACAUUUCAGCUUUUGGAGUAAUUCUGGUAUGUUUUUCUACAUCACACUAGUGGCAAGAAUACAGUCGACAAAAGAUUGUGCUCCCUCAACUUCUGGCAUGGACAGCUGAGGAAUAUAAUGCCCAAUGGUGACAAAGGGUGAUAAUUUCCUGGUUUUCACUAUUUAUCUCUGUGGUUUUGGACUUAGCAAUGGAUAUUCUUUGUGAUGAGGAGAGCUCUGUGAACCCAACUGCAAACUCCUUCAUACAGAUAAAUCAGGAGAGAAGACUUUACAGAAAUGUUUAUGGAGCUGGAGAGAUUAAUAUAUCGCAUCUCAUUAACUUGACUGUGGACUCUGAAAAUCUAACCAAUCUUUCAUGUGAAAGUAGUACAAGUCCACCGUGCUACUCUUCCCCGAUUCAGCUUUCACAGAAAAACUGGCCAGCUUUGCUGACAGUGAUAGUGAUUGUUUUAACCAUUGCUGGAAAUAUUCUUGUCAUCAUGGCUGUUUCACUGGAGAAAAAACUACAGAAUGCCACUAACUAUUUUCUCAUGUCACUUGCAAUAGCUGACAUGCUGCUGGGUUUCCUUGUCAUGCCUGUGUCAAUGUUAACCAUACUGUAUGGAUACACAUGGCCUCUACCUACAAAGCUCUGUGCCAUUUGGAUUUACUUGGACGUGCUUUUCUCCACUGCCUCCAUCAUGCAUCUCUGUGCCAUCUCACUGGAUCGCUAUAUUGCCAUUCGAAACCCCAUCCACCACAGCCGGUUUAACUCAAGAACUAAGGCUUUUGCCAAAAUAAUUGCUGUUUGGACCAUAUCAGUUGGUAUCUCCAUGCCUGUACCCGUCUUUGGACUACAGGAUAAAUCCAAAGUGUUUAAGAAUUGCAGCUGCUUACUUGCAGAUGAGAAUUUUGUUCUAGUAGGCUCUUUUGUGGCAUUCUUCAUCCCUCUAACCAUCAUGGUAGUCACUUACUUUUUAACCAUCAAGUCGCUGCAGAAGGAAGCUAUGCUAUGUGUGAAUGACGUCGGCCCAAAGACCAAGUUUGCUUCAUUUAGCUUCCUCCCUCAGAGUUCCCUGUCCUCAGAAAAACUCUUUCAACGCUCCUUGAAUAGAGACGUGGGGACUUCUGGGAGAAGAACCAUGCAAUCCAUCAGCAACGAGCAGAAGGCUUCCAAGGUUCUUGGCAUUGUCUUCUUCCUGUUUGUUGUGAUGUGGUGUCCAUUUUUCAUCACCAAUGUGAUGGCUGUAAUUUGCAAGGAGUCAUGCAAUGAAAAAGUCAUUGGAGGACUUCUUAACAUAUUCGUUUGGAUUGGUUACCUUUCUUCAGCUGUCAACCCACUCGUAUAUACACUGUUCAAUAAAACCUACCGCUCAGCUUUCUCUCGUUACAUUCAGUGUCGCUACAAGGAGGAGAAGAAACCUUUCCAGCUGAUUUUAGUGAACACUAUCCCGGCACUUGCGUAUGAUUCCAGCCAGCUCCAGCUAGCACAAAUGAAGAGUUUGAAAAAGGAGGCAAAAAUGAUGGCUAAGGAUUACUCAAUGGUCACAAUAGGAAUACAUCAUUUGGAUGGUACCUCCAAGGGAAGUAUCAGCCCAGGCAACGAAAAGGUUAGUGGUGUGUGAUGGCUGGCAGCUGCCAUGACAACCACCGUACAUUCACUGAAAAUUUCACCUGGCUGGGAGAAGCUCUGACAGCUUAGGAAAAUCAGCCCUGUUCAAGAGACCUUCCAAUAACAUCAUAUACUCCUCAUAUUACCCUGUGGAUGAAAACCAGGGUUUUAAUGGUAUCAAAUGUGCAAUUUUUUUUCAUACAGUACUUUGGCUGUUUUAAGCACAGGCUUUAUUAAACUUAUUUUUUUAAUAUUCUAAAGGAUAUAUUUCUUAAAGAAAAAAAUGCAAUUUCUGGUACUAUAAUAUGGGCUGUGAAGAAACCUACGCAUUUCUUUUCUCUUUGCAAAUGAAAGCUAAGCUGCCCUUUGAUGUUCUUGCAGAGUAGGCUCCAGCUAGUUUGUCUUGCUAAAAUAGAGUUUUGUUAUCAUUAACAGAAUGAGAACUUUACCUAAUUUUAAAUAAAAUGGUGGUUAUUUUGCUAAUAUAUAUUUAAAAUAAAUUUUAAACUAUUAAAGAAAAUCUAUUAAAACCGCUAUAGAUUAAUUAUAUGAACAUUUUGUUGACUGUUUUAUGGCUAUUUUUUCCAUCUGAGUAAACAUUCUGAAAUGUCACUGGGCUUUUCUGCCAUUUGUUCUGUAUUUCAAAUUAGGAAUCUUCAGAGAGGAAUUACGCUUAAAUUAUCCUUUGUUUAUACCACCAUUUGUAAUCUUUAUUUUGUGUAUUGUACUUUAUUUCCAUUCAAAACUUUCAUGUGUGCAGCUUAAAACUUGAAAGUAAUAUUUUCAAAAGUAAUUAUUUGGAUUGAUUCCCUGCUCCUUCCCACCAGUGUUGACAGGGAAGUAAAGUGAGAGAAGACUGGAAAACCAGGCACAACAUUGCUAAAUAAUUUCAGGAACUAUUCCAGGUCCAUGCCUCUGUUCAAUUCUAACAAAGGCUGAUUUAAGUAGUGUCAGAGGAAGUUUUGUAUGAGUAAAGCUUUCAGUAAAAGGUUGCAUCAGAUCCUCUCUCAUUAUUUCUCUUUGGUUUAAAAAGACUAUUUUGAAGAAUGUCCUCCUGGUUUUGUUUUAGGGUUUGUAGUGCCAGAAUUAUUAGAAAACUGUUAGUUGCUAAGAAUUGUUUUCCCUAGUUUUGCUGUAUUGCUGUUAAGGCAGAUUGCUCAGGAAUGGUCAGUAGCUUGCACUACUAGGACUCAGCCUUAAUGAAAUAUGUAUGGGCAAAUGGGGCUCUCUUGAAAAAUAACAGGACUUUUAAGUGUAUUCCACCUGCAUAGCUCUAAGGCCAGAAUACAUUCCAUAAAGAACAUAAAAUCCAUUGUUUGGCAGACAUACCUAGUCAUGAAACUCUUUUCUUUUGGGCAUCACAGCCAAUGUCACUGAAGCCCAUGGGACUUUGCUGAAGAGGAGAAAUAUAAAUGUUGCAUUCACCGACAAAACUUAAAUCCAAGCAUUUGAUUCAUUCCAUGAAUUUUGCAGCCAUAAUUUCAUCUCAGAACCAGGAUGUAUUCCAGUUUGUCUGGAGAAAACACUGCCUAUACAGAAAUCAAACUCCAAUACCUUUAUCAGUCCUUCUCUUGAAGUUUUCAGUUUUUACAGAACAAUUAAAUUUCCAUUAAGUCAAAGAAAGAGAGAGACAGAAACUGAAUCUGAUUAUAGCCUACCAGUUGGGAGUCUUUGGAAGAAGAUUUUUAGCUUAAGACACUGAUCUGUGGCAGACAAGGAUUUAAAAGUUGGCUGGGUAUUUGAUUGAUUUCAAAGAAACUGAUUUUGUUGUUAUAUAUAUUGUAUAACUAAAUCUGCUGGUUUUAUGAGCCCUUUCCUCUGACGUGGGAUAGGCAGAGCCACCAUGCACUGGUCACACAGGAGCUCUGCAUGCCCAUAGUGACACUGACUCAUUCCACAGGCCUCAGCCUCCAUGUCUGGUUCAAAGUGUCAUGCUGUAGCCCCGUUGUAGUGAUUCAUGUCAAUCAUCUAUCACCUCAUGGCCAUUAAUGGCUUUCCGCCCAAAACUGGUAAUUUAGGAUCUCCUGAUAAAUCAAAUGGUGUAAGGCUGUGCUGACCAGGUGGUUUAUAUGGUCUCCCUGGCUCUGGGUUCACUUGAUCACCACAACCAAACUGAACAGCUUCAAGAGAAGGAAAAACAAACUCUCUGCUCCUACCUCCCUAUGCACAAAUCCUGCUCCCACACAACACUGUGUGAAGGGUGCCACACAUACAAAGAAGGGAUGUCAGGAGGAAUCUGCUAACUGCAGUUGAGUAUGAGGACUACCAUAACAGUAGGCGGGAGCAGUGACUUUCCACAAGUUUCAGCAACUUUGAUAUGGAUCCUAAAUCUGGGGGUUUGAACUGAGGACAAUGGCCAGCUCAUAUCCCACAGGCCAGCCAGGCAAGGGAAGGAACACUGAUGGAAUACAAGUGGUUGAGUUCAUCCCAUGAAACAGGUACUGAGGUACCUCCUUGUGUCCAGAUGUCUCCACUUCAUAACUGGGGUGAUGGUUUUGAGGAUUUACCCCUGGGAACAGGCACCUCAGGGAAUAAGUAGGCAGUAGUAAAACCAGAGGUCUUUUGUGAAUAGAGGUCUGAGGCUCAAGAUCUGCCACCAAACCAGAUCGCCUUGAUAUGAUGACAGGGGAUUGAAGGCCUUUAAACUUGUGUGUGAGAGCAGAGGAAACACAAAGGCUUCCACCAGUUGAGGGAAUUGCCACAUUUUGUGCCUGUCUUGAUGCAAAGUUUCUCUGGCCUUGCAAGAGAAAGAAGUAGAUGGGACCGACAGCUUUUGGGUCCUAUUGCCCAUUUGUGCCAGUGAGCAGAGCCUACCUGCGUACUGCAUGAUGAAUAUGGCACCCUGCACUUCUCCAGGGCUCAAUUCCCCCCAAGACUCCUGAGGCUCCAGUUGCUGGUCUGCACAGUCUCCUUCACCAGCUUGCACUUGAUAAACUGUUACUGAACAUUUAACAAUCACAGCUUAUGCUCUCUGCUUACUGUCUGCAUUUCACCCAUGUGGCAUAGCAGAUCAGCCCGCCAUUUCUCUUUCAUUUCAUCUUCUGUUCCUCUUUCACAAUGUCAAAUUGCUCAGGUUGCAAAUACUGACAGGGAAUACUUCACUACAAUCAGAGAGGGUUUCAAUUACUGGCUUGAUGUUUCACUAGAAAAUGACUCUGAACAAUCAUUUUUUUCCAGCUUAUUAAAAUAAAACCUAUGCUUUGGACCUAAGAGGAUUGACAGUAUUUCUUUAAUUGACAACCAGAGAUAAUAUAACACUUAUCUUUUGCUUAGAAGCAGGGAUAACUGAUGCCUGACAUUUUGGUUCUGUGAGCACUCAGAUAGGAGGUUUUAUUGAGUGAUCACCAGCUUUUGCCUAAGAGGCCUCUCAAAGCCAAGAAUGCACAGCAGUUAAAGACCAAUAUCUCCAGCUCUUCAUGGAUAUUUUGACAGUUUAGUGAGGCCUGAUUCUGCCACCUUGCACCAAAAUGUUAAUGGAUUUUUGUGCAGUUUGCCUUAGCGAGGAUGACAGUCAGGAUCUGAAUUUGCUCUAGGCGCCAUACCAGAUCUGCAGGAGGUUGUUCAUCAGUAGAUAGCAAUUAAUAAACUCAUGCUGCAGACAGAUGACAAAGUUCAGCUGUUUUAAACCAGGAUUUACAGCACUGGGCCCACGCUUGGGAUGAACACCACAGUCUAGUAUGACCAGCUUCAGAACAACACCUCCAUCUUGCAAAAAAAUGUGAGUGUUUCCAUUACGCAUCAGACUGGAAUGGAAAUUUUUAUAAGUUUUCAGUUAAAAAGAAAAAAAGAGAAAACAUUCAUUCAUACAGACUAGUUCAGAGGUUAGGGCCAUCCCCUACCUCACAGGAAAAGCAUGCUGAGUCUGUCAUAUCUGCAUCCAAAAAAACCCACUUCAUCUGAAAAAAAGUUUUAACCAACAAUUUUUCAAGUAGAUUGACAUUUUAUUACUGUUAAGACUGUAUCUGAAAAAUGUCCAAAGACAUGAAGCUCACCAUGUAUCUCCUAAGCUGGUGUGCAUCCUUUAUACACUUCAGGGUAAAAAUUCCUAUGUAUCUAUCCCAUCCAAUCAACCAUGCACUGUACUUAUGUAAUUAUUACCAGACAGUGAGAUGCAUUCUAUUUUGAAUACCUAUAUGUUUGUUUAUGUAAAUACAUAGAGAAAAACGUUUGUUGUAUUUUGUAAUGUUAAUGUAAAAUGGUGUUCCAAUGCUUUAUUGUUUUGUCAGAUCCCACUGCUAGUAAAGCAGAUUAAAAUAUUUAAAUGCCAUCAGUUGUUUUAUAAACUGGAGGUUUGUCUUCAGUAGCUAAUUUGGUUUGGUUUUAUUUUUUCCAUAAAUACUCAGUACACUGUCUGCUGAAGGCUAAAGUAAUUUUACAUAUUUUGCUGGACAAAAAGAAAGAACGUGUUGCAGAGUUUAACUG